AUGGCAAGUAAGCAGGAAAGAAAAAUUGAUCAAUUUCCUAAGGCUUUUAUGCCAAAGCAAUCUGGAAAGAAUGAUUUCGACCAACAACUAUUAGAUGAACUUCCAAAUAGAAUUGGCGACCAACCAAACUUAACUACGGCCAAAGUGAUUGUUAUUGGAGAUGUUUCAGUUGGAAAAACGUCCAUUAUUAAUAAAUAUUGUCGUCGAGUAUUUGACAAAGAUUACAAGGCGACAAUUGGAGUAGAUUUCGAAGUUGAGGAUUUCGUUAUUAAAGGAUCAAAUUUUCAAUUGCAAAUAUGGGAUACAGCAGGUCAAGAAAGAUUCCAAAGUGUUGCCAGGGCUUAUUUCCGAAGUAGUAAUGCGGUCAUUAUUGCUUUCGAAUUCCAUGAUGAAACUUCAUUAGAUCACGUCCGAUCAUAUGCGUGCAUUCAUGUAGUGCUUCUAUUGCAGAAGGAAGAGGAGUUAGCCGAUUAUGAGAAGGAAGCGGUUCAAUUAGCUGAAAAAUUGAACGCAGAAUAUUGGAGAACUUCCGCUAAGGCAGGAAUUAAUGUAGACGAAAUGUUUAAUCGUGUAGCUGUACUAGCUUUUGAACGAAUUGUUUUAAAGCAGACUGAAGUAAGAAAGACUAUUAAGCUAGAAGAUAUCGGAUCGGGAACUCUGAGCGCUGAAAGCAAAAAGACCUCUGGAGGCUGUUGUACUUGA